UUGACACAUGUUCCUUGCUCCUUCCUAUUAGUAUUCUUUAUUCAAUGCUGGUAAUACGUAAAUAAUAUGUUGUAUUCAAUUUAUAUGUGUAAAUAUCACUCCCCUUUAAUUGAUAGCUGAUGCUGAAACUUUAUCAACGUGUUUGUAUGUGGUAAACGUGAUAUCCAAUCCACUUGUUAUAUCGGCAGAAGAUUGUAGAUCAUGAAAGAGAUGUUGGCAAAUCAAACCACUGGGAUGGGAUACACUAAUUCUUUUGUCAACGCUAACAGUAAAGAUGCGGGCACCAGUAAUAUUACAAAUGAUAAUAAUUCAAGGAGAUACGCUAUGCUCAGUACCGAAUGGAUUUCUACCAUUGGUGAGGAAUUGGGUAUGCAUCCAUUGCCGGAUCCACUGUUGAAGAGAUUAGCCGAAGAUGCUUCCUAUCGCUUGAGAGAAGUUCUACAUAAAUGCGUUACAAGACUGAGACAUAGUAAAAGAAGACGCUUGACAUCGAUGGAUGUAAAUGCAGCGAUCACCAACUUGUGUGAUGCAGAUCCGAUUCUUGGUGCACCAGAAUCAAUGCCAGAAUAUCAUACAGAAGCUAAGGUGUAUGUGCCUAAUGAAUCUAUCAUUAAUCUUUCUCAUCAAAUAAAUGAGCCGUUAAAUUUUUCUCAAACUAAUGUGCCAUUUCUGCAAGAUAAUGAAAUAUGCGACAAGAAGUUGACAGAAGCACGUAUCAGUUAUGCCAAACGUGCAUUGAAAACUUUAUUUAAUGGCUCGCAGAAAACUUUUCAAGUUUUGCUUAAUGAUUGUGCUACCAAUGUGCAUUUAGGUGAUGAGGGUGUCGUAGAUAAAUUGAUAUCUAUCGCUAGGUCUACGUUAAUCUUAAAUAAUGCACAGUAUACGCGCGUUUCCACACGUACCUGCGAGCUCAUAAUUGCCAUUGCUAGCAACAGCGAAGCUAUCUAUCCUUAUCAUUUAAUAUCGGUAGAUAAAAUGACCGACUUAUUACUGGAAUUAUUGCUGAGUCAGAGUUUCAUACAUCCGAAUUUGGAAGUGCUCUUUAAAGAGUGCGUGCUCAAGUUAAUGCUUCGCUGGCCGUCGAUCGCCGACAAAUAUAUACCAACAUUGAAGAAUGUCCUUUUAAAGAAGGAAGUGGAUAGUGUGGAUCAUUAUAAAAAGAGGAUAAUGGCAGUGGAAUUGUUAGUGAGUCUUCAGCCAUUUAUAUUUUUCCAGCACGAAGCCGAACACACUCUUUCCAUACAAAAUAUUUUAUAUUAUUACGCUUCAUCUGGUUCGAUUAUUUGGGAGCAAAUAGCUCUGGCUGUUUGCGCUCUCGUAAGAUCACAAGGUCAUUCCUUGGCUCUUACCCCUUUGCUUGAGCACUAUGGAGAUUCAUUAUUACCUUAUUUACCUACUAAUGACAAUAAUACAAGGGAAAGAAGCAAUAAAAAGACUGGCACAUUGCCUAUUAUCAUCAAGAGCAAGAUGAAAUAUGUUGAAAUCAGACCGUUACUUAACAACAGAACGCUGUGGGAUCGACAAACCGCAUUUCCAGAUUCUACCCUGAGAGGACCAAGACGGGAAAUAAGAUUUGCGUUCGCUGGUGGUCGUCCAGUUCCUCCCAAUAACUUAAGGCGUGUCAGUCUAAGAGCUAAUUAUCAUAUUUUGAGGAGCGAUCUUCAAGCUACUCUCGCUCUAGUCGCAUCACGCAGACUGCUUGUAGUUAAAGAUAGAAAGAAAGGUCCGUAUAAUUUUUAUAAUUUAGCACAUGUUUGUUUAUAAAUUAAUAUAAAUUUCAUUUAUUCAAACAUUAUUAUUAUUACAUAGCAACAUACUGUCACUGAUUAUUUCAUCAU